AGUAGCCAUGAGAAUCUAUAUUAAGAUUACAAAACGGUUAUAUAUACCGCAUUCGGCCUUCCCUUACUAAGAUCAUUGCGUCAGUACACAACUUUCGUUUUGUUGGUUAGUCAAAGAAGAAGCAAUAUGGAGAAACGUCAGAGGAGGGAGAGUGCCACUGAAUCCUGCCCAGUCUGCCACGAGGCAGUAGAAAUAUACGCGAUCGGAAGUUGUGAUCACCCAGUUUGUUACCGAUGUGCCCUGAGGAUGAGGGCGUUAUGUGAACAGUUAUACUGUCCUAUAUGUAGAACCGAUCUUAAUCAGGUUUAUAUGGUUCAUAAAUUGGUAAAGGAGUCGGAUAUACCUCGCCGUGGUUACAUUCCAAACAGGAAGCUGAAAAUUUUCUUUGAAGAUGAUUCCAUUAAGAAAAAAGUGGAUAAAUUGUUAGAACAUAGUUGCCCAAAAUGUAAACAAACCUUCAGAUUAUUUAGGGAACUUCAGACCCACAUGAGGAAAGAGCACACACUCUUCUACUGUGAUCUCUGCAUUGAUCAUUUAAAGAUUUUCACAUUUGAGAGAAAGUUCUAUAGCCGUCAGAACCUUGCUACCCAUCGUCGUGUUGGAGACAAGGAUGAUACAUCCUACAAGGGUCACCCAUUGUGUCACUUCUGUGAUGAACGCUAUAUGGAUAAUGAUGAGCUGUAUCGCCACUUAAGGAAGGAUCACUACUACUGCCAUUUUUGUGAAAAAGAUGGUUGUAAUGAUUAUUACAGUGACUAUGAUGACCUGAAACGACACUUCAGGGAUCAACAUUAUUUGUGUCAAGAAGAAGAAUGUGUGAAUGCUCAAUUUACACACGCUUUUCGUUCUGAAAUAGACCUUAAGGCACACAAAGCAAGUGAACACUAUCGUGGGCUUACCAAGGCUCAAGUCAAACAGUCACGUGUUGUGGAUGUGAACAUACAGCUUGCUCCUCGAAAAAAACCCCAGAGAGGUGUAAUAUCUGGGGAUGACUAUGAAGAGAAAGUACCAAGGAACAGAGGGCGAGGUGGUGCAUCUGGUCGUCAAGCAUCUUACAGGGACCGCUUCAG